CCGCGCGACCGCCGCGCAUGGUGCCUUCGCCGCCCUCCUCGAUCCCUUCUCGUUCCAUUUAAAGCAUCGGUCGGUGUCGGCUUCAAGCGAUCCUUCGAUUCCGGAGAGGUCGGCGGGGGAGAAAGGCUUGCGCGAUCUGUAAGCAAUCGACUACCGUUUGGCUUUGAACUUAUUUAUACGCCUCGCGCACGGUCAGUAAAUUUGGUUUUUGCUGUUCCCUGAGUUGAAUCCAAGGAGGCAGCAAUAAGUGGGUCGUCUUUGACGACGCAGAAGCUUGAGUUUCCUUUCUUCUUGUUGUUCAAUCCACUUCCCCUUUUUUGCCAUUUAUACGGGGAAAGAAGAGAUUCCAGGAGAACUGGCGAAGAUUGGUAUUGUUUGGCGAAUUCUGUACUAGUAUUGGUUUUUUCUUCUUUGACUCUUUCUUCCUUGCAUGGGUGGUAAUGGAGACCGCUUUAACUUGUUAGAAUAGGAGUGGGGCAAGAGAAUCAUUUAAAAUAAGAAGAUCGAAGCUUGGAGCUGAGCCCCAGGUAGAUAUAAAAAAGGAAUCUUUUUUCUUGGAACUGAGCCCCAUGUUUUUCUCUUUCUUUUAUUCAUUAGAUUUGAGGUGGGAAUUUGAUCGGGAAACUAGAAGCCAGUGGAUUAUAAUGUAUUGGUCGGAAGUGGGGCGGUAAAAAGAAGGUACCAAUGACUGACAGCCCUAAUCACUCCGGGUGCUUUGUGUCAGAAAUUAUGUGCUUGUUUGGGGGAAAGAAAAGGUGCUCAGAUGGAUUUCGAUGUACUUUUGCGGUGUAUUGACUUAUCACAAUGCAGCUUUGGAUGACAGACAACAACAACAACAACAAGCUUUGGAUGACAGACCUUUUCUUUAAAAUCUCGUCUGUGAUGUGUGAUGAGAGAAGUCCAAGAUUUGUAGCUUACGACCUUGGUUUUGUGGGAGAAGAACCCCGUUGGAUGGAGAUCACGUCUUCUUGUAGCCUUAUCUAGGCUUUGUCUCUUCUUUGUUAAAGGUUUGAUCGUGUCGACUUGCUUGGUAUGUGAAGGGCUGACAUAUGAUAGACCAGUCAAAGGUCUUUUUUUGUCAGAAAAAUAAAGUUUGUUAGAUUUUUAUGGGGAGGAGUGAAAAGUCAUAAUAAAAUAAGAGCAGACCUCUUGGAUCAGAAAAUACAGCGAAUUCAGUGGAGCUGAAAAUUAAAGACGAGAGAGUGUCUUAGGGAAAAAUCUUCAUCUGUGAACAAAGGAUUGUGUUAGUGAGACCACCUGAUCACUGGUGGAACGGCCCUUAUAUAUGAUUCAUGGCAGAACUAAGUCAAUGAGAACAGGGAGGUAAUCCUUUAUCCUGUGAGUGUAUUUCUCUUGGCUGAAUGUUUAGGAACUGAAGGAGAGACCAUAUGCUUCAGGGCUAAGCAUUUCUCUGAAGGUUGUCAGGUUUUGAGAGUUGAGUAGGAAGUGCACACGUUUUAAGCAGGAUCUUUUCCGAUCGUACAGGUUUGCAGAGAUGUUAAUGUCCUUAGCUAGAUAACCAGAGGAUAUUAGUCAACACCUUUCUGCAAGUGUUUCUUGUAGCAUGGAUUUGACUUCCAAGAUUCCUUUCCAUCGGGACUGGGAAAAUUUUUCUCUAUUCAGCAGAAAAGAAGGUGAGAUUUCUAAACCUGCACAGCGAUGUGAAUGGGAAGUUGUUGAUAACCAUGGGAGCUAUGGGAAUGGCAAUGGAUCUGUAUACUCAUCCGUCGGUGGACUCGGUCCUGGCUCAGACUUGGGUAAUGGUUCAUCAAGAAGCUCUAUUUCAUCAUCCAUAGGUUUUCCAUCAAAAGCAGGGACCGGAGCUUUAAGGUUCAUCAUUGACUCGGUGGAAAAACCUCCUGAGAUCCUAAAGGUGAAUAAAGACUUAGCCAUGGUGGAAACCGGAAUUUUGCAUAAGGUGGUGGCCGUAGAGGGCCCUAAGGAACCUCGUACCCAGCUGAAGCUUGGCAAGAGGACAUACUUCGAAGGAGGAAUUCAUAGCACAAACUCAUCUUCUUUAGCUUCUACGAAUCCAUCCAUUGGUUUGGUAAAGAAACCAAAGGUAUCACAGCAGAACAUGCAGAGUUCACAUUGCCAAGUUGAAGGUUGUCAUGUUGAUCUUUCGGCAGUUAAAGAUUAUCAUCGCAAGCAUAGAGUCUGUGAGGGUCAUUCUAAGUCUCCUAAGGUUAUAGUUGCUGGUCAGACAUGCAGGUUCUGUCAACAGUGUAGCAGGUUUCAUGAUUUAUCCGAGUUUGAUCAGAAAAAGCGAAGCUGCCGAAGACGCCUAUUUGACCAUAAUGCACGGCGACGCAAACCGCAGCCAGAGACAAUCAAAUUUGGUUCUUCAGUAUUUUCUGCAUCAUAUUAUGAUGAUAGACAACAGAUGAAUCUUAUGUUUGGUCGAGAUCCUUUUAAUCAUGUGACAAACAUGGCCAAUUCCACAUGGGAUGACUCUGGUGGCUUCAAACUUAUUCCAUCUCAAGGGCGUUGGAUAAAUUUUGGUAAUUCAGGAGACAUUAAUGAACAAUUGCAUUUUCCCAGCAAUGGAAUAUCAAAAAAUGUUUCCAGAGUUAACCAUGAUUGGGAUGGGCUCUUGCCUUUCAAGGGCACAAAUGCGGAGGCCACCAACAAAGGUCCUGGAGCACCUGUUUUUGCUUCUAACUUGGAUGGAGCACUGGAUCUUCAACGUGCUCUCUCUCUUCUGUCAACUGAAUCUUGGGUUCCAUACCAGGAACCUAUUUCUGAUUUCCAAUCUGUCAAUGCAAACAUUAUAACAUCUCAUUCUGCAAUCCAUCCAACAAAUGCAACGACAGUCUCCUGGCAAAAGACUGAGCUGCUCCUCCCCCGGCCAUCGCUGUUCAACCUACAAAACCAUGUUAGCCAGAUUUAGGAGUUUCAGCUAGAAAACAAUGUUUUCUUGACUCCACUCAUACACAUAUCUCAUAUCCAGAUGACCAUUUCAUGGAGAGUGAAAUGCGAGGAACUGGAAAUUUUCGGUGAUCACUUACCUUGGCGUUGCUAAUAUCAUUUUCAGCUGGAGACCAAAUAAAGUUCUUUGAGGCGGUCUUCAUCCGUUUCAUAUUCAUAUAUAGAGUUCUCAUCAUUCAUUGAAGAACAUUGGGGAUCUUGUCUUAGUUUGGUAGUUUGAUGCAGGGGUUUAACAGCUCAUUAAUUUGUGUGAUGAUUGGAUUAUGAGCUUAUUAUUUUUGUUUCUGAAGUGACUGGUGGCUAUUUAAGGGCUCUUUAGACUGUAAAGCACUCGUGGUGGAGAGGCUGGCAAGUACUCCAUCAGGCAUUGCAUAUGAAUGAUUAGAAAACAAAUUAUGAAACCCAUAAACAACUAUUAUUAUAAAUUGAUUAUGGAAAUUGAUCAGACAAUAAUUUUGGCCAA